AUAUAUACUUGCGUAUAUAUUAUUCACUUUUCACUCGACGACCCCAAACAAUCCUCAACGACGAAAUGGCCCACUGCAGUACUCUGAUCGUCAUCAUCGCCUCAUCGCUUUGCGUACACACCAUAUUGGCCUACCCGACUUCGAUCGAACGCGUUUCCGGAGACAACAAUUACCAGCCUCUUCGGAACUCUGCAUCGAUCGAUCGCUUCAUCGAAACGUUUUGCGACGACGACAACGAAUGCAAAAUACCGAGUGAUGUGAUAGAUGCUGCGUUGGGGGUUACCUUGGACCGGAUGAACGGCGGUCACGUGAUGGCGGCCAAACGGGACAGCCUGGACCGGUUGAACGGCGGUCACACUAUGGCGGCCAAACGGGACAGUUUGGACCGGUUGAACGGCGGUCACACUAUGGCGGCCAAACGGGACAGUUUGGACCGGUUGGGCGUAGGCCAUCUCAUGACUGCCAAACGGAGUAGUCUGGACCGGUUGAACGGCGGUCACACCAUGGCGGCCAAACGGGACAGUCUGGACCGGUUGAACGGCGGCCACGUGAUGGCGGCCAAACGAGACAGUCUGGACCGGUUGAACGGUGGCCACGUGAUGGCGGCCAAACGGGACAGUCUGGACCGGUUGAACGGCGGCCACGUGAUGGCGGCCAAACGGGACAGUCUGGACCGGUUGAACGGUGGUCACGUCAUGGCGGCCAAACGUUCGGAUCGGUUAAGCGGCGGUGGUCUCGCCGUGGUCGCGGGUGGUCCGCUGUCCGUCCGCGGACAGAUGCGGUCGGCUCGUCAACAAAAGCAACAGCAGACUCUCAAGUAUCCGUUGACACUGGCCCGGUGGUCCGAAAUCGACAGCGACGACGACCGCGACGCCUAUUACUCGAAUGUCGGCGACGAGUACUACCUGAACGAUGACUGUCUGAGCUGCGGUUUGUCGGCAGAAGCCUCGGCCUUUUAACUAUUGUCGUUUUUCCUCGUCGUCGUCGUCCUAGCAUGAACACGCGAUUAAACAAUAUUUUUUAACAUAAGGCUUGUAUCCGAAUUAUAGCCCGAAUCCGUAAUAACACGCUUAUAAUAUAGGACAUUUUAAAAAUCAAAUCCCUUUUUUCCAAAAACAUUCGAUACAACCAAAACCUACUCAGGUUAACAUUCCGGUUGACCCGAAACACGAUAAAUUUUUCCAUUUUACAAAUUUGAAUAAUAAUUUUAAAUGAUUAAUAAUAAUUGAACGUCCGAAUAGGUAUACUUCAUAUACCCAGAUACAUCUAGCAUCUAAAGCUCAAAAUCAUUAUUACAAUAUUAACAUUAUGAUUCGGCUGCAAAACUCUGAUUUUUAAUUAUCGUAGAUAUAUAUAUAUUGGUACCUAACUGUAUGUAUUUUAACCAUGUAUAUUAAUCAACUAUAUAAACCAAAUCUAUACUUAUGGGUACGACGGCAUCGAUCGUAAAUAGAAUAUAACAUUAUUAUGCGAUAGAAAAUGUGGUAUUAAAAUAUAUUAUAAUAAAGUUAUUGAAUGCUGAAAAAAAAUGAAUAAAAUAA